AUGCCGGACUCAGAGGGACAUUCAAACGAUGGUAAUAUCUUUCAAACACCAAAGAAAUCAUCAAAACUUACAUUCUCAUCAAAUACGGAUUUGAAAUCCCCCCGUAUUAUAUUUCGCGAUCCAGAUAGGGAUAGAGAUCGGAUUCAUCAUGAUUCAGAUCAUGUUAAACAGAUCAGAACUGUUCCAAACACUCCAAAACAUGAAGAAUCCCCAUUACUUAAUGCUUGCUCUUCUGCUGUUACACCUAAAUCAUUAUCUCGCAUGAAAUCAUUAGGCAAGAUUGAUAUUCGAUCCCCUGUUUUGAAAAGUUCUGUUUUGCAAACCCCUGGAGGGAUAAGUAACUUUGAAUUACAUGACGAAUCCAACUCUUUGAGAACUACAAAAACUAAUGACUCCAUUAAAUCAAAAUUUUUUGGUAUCGUUCAGGAGACAUUUAAUCCAGUUAGGAAUUUUUAUAAUGAUUUUACAACCAUUGAUUGGACCCGUGCAUAUUUGAGAAGUAAUGAAUUCAAUUACUCAUUAGAGAAGAAGAGAUGGACUGGAGAUUCAUUUGAAGAUAAAGAGGGAUUACCUAUUUCUUGGUAUCAGAAACUUUCGUAUACAAUGGGAAGAUGGAUUUUGAUUCUUUUGAUUGGAUUAUUCUUUUCAAUAAUUGCAUUUGGUAUAGAUAAAGUCGAAAUAUUAUUGGUGGGUUUUAAACAUGGAUAUUGUCGAACCAAUUGGUUUGUCAGUCAAGUUGCAUGCUGUGUUAAUAGUCAGAAAACAAUCAAUGUAUUUGAAAAUACAUUCGAAGAAACAUGUGAUGAUUGGAUAAGUUGGAACAGUUUAAUUAAUAAAAAUUGGUUAGUUGAAAUAAGAUUUGAUUUUAUAAUCUAUGUUUCUUUGUCGGUUAUAUUGGCUAUAUUUGCAUGUUUGAUUACUUUGACAACAAAGAUCACCGGUGGGUCCGUUUCAGAAAGUCAUAAAAACGACGAUAAAGAAAGAUUUUCCGCAUAUGAAUCAAGGAAUGGAUUAGUCAAACCAAGGGUUAUCUAUACUGCCACAGGAUCUGGGGUACCAGAAGUCAAGACCAUUUUGUCGGGAUUUGUUAUUAGAAGAUUCUUGGGUACUUAUACUUUAGUUGCGAAAACGAUUGCAUUGAUUUUUGCCAUUGCCCUGGGUAUGUCAUUAGGUAAAGAAGGACCAUAUGUUCAUUUAGCUACAUGUGUGGGUAAUAUUACGUCAAGAUAUUUUUGGUUUAUUUUUGAGAAUGAUUUUUUUGAAAAACAAAUCUUAUCUGCAAGUGCCUCUGCGGGUGUUGCAUUGGCAUUUGGCUCUCCACUUGGAGGGGUUUUAUUCAUCUUGGAAGAAAUUAAUAACCACUUACCUUCGAAUCAGUUAUUCCAGAUUUUCUUCUGUGCCAUUAUUUCUACUUUGUUUUUAAAGUUUUUAAACCCUUACGGCACUGGGAAGACGGUUUUAUUUGAGUUAGAUUAUUUUUCUGAUUGGACUCCUAUUGAAUUGGUGUUUUUCAUUAUGAUUGGUAUUGCUGGUGGGAUAUUUGGUGCAUUGUUUGUUAAAUUUGUUCAUUGGUGGCCAAAGAAGUUUAGAACUCUCAAACCAAUAAAAAAUCAUCCUGUAUUUGAAGUUUUUGUUGUUUCAGCCUUGACAGGUAUUAUUACAUUUUGGAAUCCUUAUACUAAGCAAGCAAGUGCAGAGUUGGUUUUAGACUUGGCCACACCUUGCACUGGUAGAGAAUUGGAUCGUUCCUUAUGUCCAUCUACAAAAGAUCAACUUAUCAAAGAAUUGGGAUCAUUGAUAUUUGCAUUUAUUGUAAAAGUAGCAUUGACUUUUAUCACGUUUGGUUUGAAAGUUCCCUGUGGUAUUUAUGUCCCUUCAAUGGUUUGUGGUGCAUUAUUUGGGAGAAUAUUUGCCAUGGUUAUUCAACUUCUUCAAGUUGUUACCAAAUCAGAAGACAGUUCAACUGCAUCGUCAGUAUUUGGAUUUGUUUGUUCUCCAACAUCUACCAAUUGUGUUGAUAUGGGGAUAUAUGCAAUGAUUUCCGCUGGGGCAUUUAUGGCUGGUGUUACCAGAAUGAACAUCACAUUAGUUAUCAUAUUAUUUGAAUUGACUUCAUCAUAUACUUAUGUUCUUCCAAUAGCUAUUGCUAUAGCAGUUGCUAAUUGGGCUGGUGGAUUAUUGGAAAAAAAUUCCCUUUAUGAAUCAUUGUUAGUAAGUAAUGACUAUCCAUUUACAUCACCGGAAACAGAACCUAUUGAUCCAUAUGUUACCGCAUCAGAUAUAGUUAAUCAUGGAAUAAUUAUCCCUACUACUAUUGUAUCAGCACAUGUUCCACAAGAUAAACAAUUAUAUAUUGAUAUUAGUGAUUCAAAUUAUAUUUCUAUGAGUAUAUUAGAAUCUAAAUUACAUUUAUUAGCAGACCGAUCAUUAUUAGAUGGAUGUGUUUCAUUGCUUAAAAAUAACAUAUGUGUGGGAUUAGUUUAUUUUCUGGAAUUGGAAAUGUGUUUGGAUAAGUUAAAACUGUUUAUUAUUCAAUAUGAUAUAAAAGAUGAAAUUUAUUGUAAAAUUUUUCAUGAUGAUGAAGUAUUUAAACAAAUUUCAAAUAUUCAUUUAAGUCAUAAUGGAAAAGUAAUUAAAUCAAUUUUAAAUCAACAACAACAACAAGAUUAUUUCACUUAUGGUAGUUCAAAUAAUGAACAAGAAUAUUUGGAUUUGGUUUUAAUUAUGGACAAUUUAACUAAUUUAAUUAAAAUCGUCGAUACAAAACCAAUUUUUUUAAAUUAUGAUACCGAUUUAUGUUUUGCAAAUUUAAUAUUUGAUAGGGUUGGAAAUAGAGUUAUUGUAUUGAUUAAAAAUGGAAAAUAUUAUGGUGUUUUACAUAAAAAAGUAUUAAUUGAUUAUUUAAGAAGGACGGAAUAA